GCUGCAUGCUCCCACUCGCCCUUCUCGCUGCUGCGCCCAUGGACGCCGACGCGGCCGUGGCGCACCUCCACCGCGGUCAAGCUGCCCUGUGAACGGCGGCCAGAUGAACCCCCGCCCUCCCGGCUCCUCCUCCUCCGGCGCGCAAUGGCUUAACCGGAGAGACAUGAGCGUCCGGAGCGGGGACAGCGUCACCUUGUGCCAUAGGGCCCUCCAAAUUGUCACCGACCUUUGUCUGACCGGACAUGUGGACCGGGAGAAAUGCUCGGAUAUAUUCCCCCUGGAGAGCAGCAUACCAGGUAAAGGACACGCAGUAGACAUCUCAAUCAGUCUGCUGGCAGUGGUGGUGGGUUUCUGUGGCCUUGCCUUGUUGGCAGUGUCUCUCUUUGUCUUUUGGAAGCUGUGCUGGCCCAUCUGGAGGAGCAAAGCUCUGACAGCCCAUGCGGGAAAUGUUGCCCUCCACGUGGCCUUUCCAGAGGCGCCUCCACCCGGCUCGCCAUCGUUGCCGGGGUGGAAAGCGGCGGAGGUUGCAGAGGAGAAGAAGAAGCACCCGCCGGAGGUGAAGAUGAAUGGGAGGAGCUCAGUGAAGCUCCUGGAGGCGGCCAUGAAGAUCAGCCAGACGUCGCCGGACAUCCCGGCUGAGGUGCAGACCACCCUGAGGGAGAAGCUGAGUCAGCAGGCCAAAAUUCAGAGGCAGACCACCGAGCCAACCUCAUCCUCCAGGCACAAUUCAUUCCGGCGACACCUUCCUCGUCAGAUGAACGUAACCAGCUUUGACUUCAGUAUGGACGCGGUGCCUUUUCGACAGUCCUCCACGGCAAGCAUCGGGAGAAUCAAACCAGAACUUUACAAGCAGAAGUCUGUGGACUCGGAGGGCGAGCCCAAAGAGCCAGUGGAGACGUGCGGCAAGCUCAGCUUCUCGCUGCGUUACGACUACGAGGAGCAGGCGCUGGUGGUGAGGAUCCUCAAGGCCUUAGAUCUGCCGGCCAAAGACUUCACAGGGACUUCUGACCCUUAUGUGAAGAUCUACCUACUGCCCGAGAGGAAAAAGAAAUUCCAGACGCGAGUCCAUCGCAAGAACCUCAACCCCUUGUUUGACGAGACCUUCUGCUUCCCUGUGGGGUACGACGAGCUCUGCAACCGCAAGUUGCACCUGAGCGUCUACGACUUUGACCGUUUCACCAGCCACGACAUGAUAGGCGAGGUGGUGGUGGACAACCUCUUUGAGCUCUCGGACCUUUCCCGAGAGGCGGUGGUGUGGAAGGACAUUCAUGCAGCAACCACGGAGACCGUCGACCUGGGGGAGAUCAUGUACUCGUUGUGCUACCUUCCCACAGCAGGGAGGAUGACUUUGACGGUCAUCAAAUGCAGAAACCUCAAAGCCAUGGACAUCACAGGUUCUUCAGAUCCGUACGUCAAGGUUCACUUAAUCUGCGAUGGACGUAGGCUGAAGAAGCGGAAAACCACCACCAAGAAGAGCACCCUCAAUCCGGUGUACAACGAGGCCAUCAUCUUUGACAUUCCCCCGGAAAACGUGGAACAAGUCAGCCUCUCCAUCAUGGUGAUGGAUUACGAUCGGGUCGGACACAAUGAGGUGAUUGGUGUUUGUCGCGCCGGGCCAGACGCCGAAGGUCUCGGACGAGACCACUGGAACGAAAUGUUGGCUUACCCGCGGAAGCCCAUCACCCACUGGCAUGCCCUAGGAGAGUGGCCCGGCAGGGGGGCAAGCUUUGAGAGUCAAGGCUCGUGUCCGUCACCCAAAGCUCCACAGACGCCCUGAUGGUAACAACGACAGGUCCAGCGUGGCGUCCACAAGUUGUUUUGCCUCCGAGCCGCAGGUUGUAUGAAGCUGAACAGGAUUUCUUUGUCAACGCGUUUCUGUCAACUAUGUUUCUAUGACUAAAACAAAAGCAGCCAUGUACUUCAAAGAUUACAUUCCAAGAAGAAAAUUGCAGUAACUCACUCGCAGAUCUGUCCAGACCCGAGAACUCUGUUAUGGGAACAUUUUACUUUGAAAUGGCACAAGGUGUAAGGGCUACAAGGCUCCGCCAUCAAAGCAUUUACUAGGUAAAAAACAACAGUGAGUGGAGGUUUCAGGUUUUCAAAUGCAGGUAACUGAAGGCACAAGGGUCCAUAUCUUAGACUUAGAGCAUCCAUCAGUCCGAAUCAGACCUGACUAUCAGAUGUGGAGAAUGUAGCAGUAACAUGUAGCAAACACAUGUAAAGAUAGCAGUACAGAUGAGUCCUAUGUAUUUUUGUUUACGUCUCUUUUCCAGGGCAUGAAUGGAGUAGUGAAAGUGACUACAAUGACUAAUUUAUUCACUUGGUCAAAGUGUUUUUAGUCUGCCAAUGUCCACAUGGUGAAACUAAGAAAGUGAAGUGAUGCUUUUGUGGUUUGGUUCCUCAUUCUGCUGUGCAAAUUGGUUGUAAAAGCAGUAAACUAUGAAUUGAUUUAUGAAUGUGUCAUUGAUUCAGAAAAGAAGAAGGGUACGUCAUCUGUCGUUUACUCAAUACAGGCGGAAUAUUAAAUGCACAGUGGAACCUUGGUUAGCGUACGGUGAACGUGUUUUUUUACCCUAUUAGCUUGCUAAUACAUGGAAAUGGGAACAGGAAGUCGGCUCCGUCGCCAGUCUCUGAUGUCAUCAGUUGUUGACUCUGUAGUUAUUUGCUAACGAACAGUUACGUCACAAGUAUCAAAAAUGUUAACACAAAGCAAAACCUUUUUGUAGUUUAACAAUUAUAGUUUUACAUACAUAAAAUAAUAAUAAAUGCAUAUGAAUGAUAAAUCAAAGGGACACAUUUAAGGUUACUUUAUCUUCCUGGAAGACGUGAUGAUGUGUUGACACGAUGUGGCGAGACCGAUACCUUUGUGUUUUGUCAUGCGUUAUUUCUUGAAUUCUAUAGUGUUUCUCACCAUCUUUAUCAAUAUGGUGGCACUCGCAACUUUCUUUGCCUCCUUUUUUGGUUAUUUUGCAGCCGUGAUCAAAAGAAGGUGUUGAUCUCGCUGCCACAUCGUGUCACGGCUUCACUGAAGGUAAUAUCACGGACUGGGUUGCUGCUGUCGAAGACUUGACCCCCGGUAUGCAGAGAGGAGGCGGUGAAGUGCAAGUAAAAAUAUUUUUAUUGCACAGAUGCAGGGAAUCUCAAGAGAACAAGAACAAAACCAAAAGCGACAGAGGAAAAGCUCUGUGGAAAGCUAAUACAAAAGUAACAUAAACAGUUAAGUCUAUUACUUCAGGUGACAGCACCGGUAAGGCAACGAGGUCCAUCAACAAUAACAAUGAACCAGCGCUGCACAUUGGACGACGCUGGCCUUUUAAACGCCACAAAUGUUAAUUGCCCGCAGCUGCGCGGCCACCAGGUGUGACGCGGAUGCCGCUUCCUCCCAGGAAAAAGUUCGAACCACCAAAAUAAGAGCGCAGGACAGGAAGCACUCACUCCUGUCCUGCGAAACGUGACAGGUAAAAGUAACCUUAAUGUUACCUGUUCACUUUGUAGGUAUUUAUAUGCAUUUUUUUUAUUUUCUGCAUGUAAAACAAUAACAAUGUGUUUUGUGUUAACAUUUUUGGUUUUCUGGAACGGAUUAAUUGGAUUUACAUUAUUUCUUAUAGGAAAAAUGUAUUUGGUUGAAGUACAUUUCGGUUAGAGCCAGGCCUUCUGGAAUGGAUUAAUGAUGCUAACCGAGGUUCUACUGUAAAGAAAAUCGCAGAAACAAUAACAGGUAUUCUGCUACUGGGUGCUAUGCUAACAAUAGCAAACCCAAAGAAACUUUUCUAUGACAAAACAUAAGCUCAGUUUCACACACUGCAGUGGGUUGGAACAAACUUGCGCGUCAUAUUGUCCACAGUGACUGAUGACCACUGAACUCUAUACUACUGGAAGGGGCGUCACGGCUGACCGCAUGAAGCCAUUGGUCGGCCAUCUUGCUUCACCCAAAAAAGCACACACGCAUACACAUACGUGUAUCUUCAUUCACUACAUUUAUGAUGUUUCGGUAUAAAAAUUAACACGAAUUAACAAAAAAUUCCAUUGAAACAGAAUAAAUUUACUAGACCCAAAUCUCAAAAUUUCCCUCCAGUUUAAGGUUUUCCCUCCCUCUAUGGUGCGAAAUUACAAUGCAUAACAACUCAAUUUCAGUGUUCACAAGGUAUUUGCUAUGAAAAGGAUCUACGUAGUAUCAAAGUUAAAUGCUAGCAUACCUUUAGAAGAUGAUCAGGAAAGUCAAAUAUUGUUGGAACUGCAUUUUGUCGUAAUCUAACAGUCUGGUCGGUCCUGUCGGAGUUCUCCUCGGUGAAAUGACUUGAACAGAGUUGCGAUCUGGCUGCAGGAAUCCACCUGUCUCUCCGCAUAUUUACUAGCCAUUGCUUUAGAAGUUGAGCAUUGCAGUGUGGAAAUCUAAAGGAGAAUAAGGGCUCAUUUACAACUACUUAGAUGAAAAGAUGCUUACAGAUUUAAAGUAUCUAUUUUUAAACUAUUUUUAUUAUUUAUAAGCAUUUACCUACCUGUGAAAUGUAAGUCCCUUCUCGCGAUUUUCACGAGUAUCACGAUUUGUGCAAUUAAUAGCAGCACAAGACGGCAUCUCGAACUCCUCUUAGUUGUUCGGCUUUCUUGUUUUGGGUGAAACAACAUGGCGACUUCUAUACUUCCGGUGGCUUCAGGCCUCCAAUGCGCAGCAAGCGAUCGGGGCCAUUCCAGUAUAGAGUUCAGCGCUGAUGACGCUAGCUUGCUAGCUUCACAGUUGCAUAUAGACUUAGUCGACUUAGUUUACUCCAAGGACGUGCCCACUCAAACAUGGAUUGAAAAAAAACAACAACACACAUUUACCCCACUCAACUGUAAAACGAAAAAAAGUAAAAAAAACAAAAACAAAACAAAAAAGAAAAGACCACAAACGUCCAUCUGCAUUUUGGCCAAUCAAAAGCCUACAAUGCUAUAGCUAUGCAUGUAAGAACUUAAGUGAUCAAGAAAAGCAUGGAAGUUGCUACAGUAGAUAUCAGCUCUUAAAUUCAACUCUUAUGAGCUGUAUUUGUUAGCACCAUUAUAGUAACUUUAGUUGUACCAAGCAUAUGUAUGUAUCUAUGGUCAUCCCUCGUUUAUCGCGAUUAAUUGGUUCCAGACUCAACCGUAAUAAGUGAAUUUCCGUGAAAUAUGAGUCAAUAUUAAUAAAUGGAAUAUAUUUGUAGAUAGAACAUAAACAAACCUGUUUAUUUCUUUGUAAAUAUGGGUUUUAACAUUAUUAGGGCCCAGUAUACAUGAGAUAACACCCCAAAAGUUACUUUUACAUUCCUGUUAUUCGUUGUUUACAUCACAUCGCGCAGGCACUGCCGAGGACAUAAGAGACAGCUGCUUCUAGCAUAGCCAGCUACCAAGCUAACUUGUUAGCCUCUUAUUCUAAAAUCAAAGCGUUUCAAAUGAAGCGGAGAAGAAGGACGAAGAAGCCAAAAACUUACCACUUCCACACUUUUUUUCCCCCACUCGAUCUCAGCCAUGGCAUGUCUGCACUGGUUCAGUAGCCACUCUCCACGCAGUGUGAAAGGUGAUGCAAUCUAACGUCAUGUCUCAUAGCAUUACUGAUGCCGAGUGACCAGAAUACUACAUAUAACUUGUCUUUCAAUAUUUUUUACUAAUAAUAGUCCAUACUCGAACAGCGCUAAUUUAUUAUUUACUGAGGGAGCAAUAUUCAAACCACAAUAUAGCAAGGGAUGACUGUAUUUAAAGACAAAGCUUUGUUUUAUUAUUAGUUAUUAGUAUCAACAUUUCAGCUUCUUCUCUUCACAUUUUACCGUUUUGCUCUGUAGCCAUCCAUCCAUCCAUCCAUCCAUCCAUCCAUCCAUCCAUCCAUCCGUCCAUCCUCUUCUGCUUAUCCGAGGUCGGGUCGCCGGGCGGCAGCUUAAGCAGAGAAGCCCGGACCUUCCUCUCCCCGGUUAUUUUGUCCAGAUGUUCCUAACAGAUCGCGAUGCUUUCCCAGGCCAACUGAGAGACCGAGUCCCUCCAAUGUGUCCUGGGUCUUCCCUGAGGCCUCCUACCGGUCGGACGUGCCCUGAACACCUCCUCAGGGAGGCGUCCGGGAGGCAUCCUGACCUCAUCUGGCUCUUCUCAAUGCGGAGGAGCGGGGGCUCUACUCUGAGUUUCUCCCGGAUGACAGUGCUUCUCACCUUAUCUGUAAGGGAGAGAGGCCAGCCCCCCAACAAAGAAAACUCAUUUCAGCCGCUUGUACACACGAUCUUGUCCUUUCGGUCACUACCCAAAGCUCAUGACCAUAGGUGAGGGUAGGAACGUAGAUCGACAGGUAAAUUAAUUUUAUUUCCACAAUGUGCUGCGGGUCGCACAUUGGACACCCCUGGCCUAAGGUGACGUACAGUCAGUUUUUACAAAUGUUAAAAAUCAUCCCGGUAGUGUCAAAUCACAAACUGGCAACAUUCCGGCCAGCAAAACUCUCGACACAUUUGACGAAUUCUGUCUAAAAAUGUGAAUGGUCAUUGUGCAAAACCAGAGUAACAACAUUUAAAUGUUGUUGAAAAUGUUGCAGAUGUGUGUAUACUUUUACACAAAGCCAUAUGAGUGUUCAGUGCAUCACCAACUGCUGAGUGUCUUCAAGGUAAUAAGAAGCCAAUGUGGCAAAUAUUAAGAAACAAAAAACAACGGCUAUGUACUGUUAUUCUACUGGCACAAGCACACUGUAAUGAUGCUAUAGCUCCUGCACAGCCCUUCACGUUCAAAAUAAAUAUUUCAUUUGUUGCAUGCUUCAUACUUCUGGAAAAAUGUAAGUCAUGAUGAAAAAUAUGUUUCACUUGUGUUUACAUUUGUAUAUAAUGAAAAUAGAUAUAUGAGGGUGUUGUAACCCAUGAAAAUACGACACAUCACAAUGUAUUUCUAUUGUUUGGUGGUGAUUUCAGCAACUCAGAGUGACAUUUCGAAGCGUUCUGUAAUGGUCGUUUGCGUCACUUAUUCUUUGCUUACUCCUGUCAUGAUGUGUACAGUUUGUGAUAACUUUUGUAAUUCAAAGUCAACAUUUCCACCAUAAUUUAUUGUAUUUUAUCAAAAUAAAUGAAGCGUUAUAUCAUGAUUUCAUCAUUUUUUUUAAGGUUGAAGAGUUA